AUGACGACCCGUCCCAGGACCUCCUACAUGGUCCACUCUGGCUUCAACGACCUCAUCAACCUCAUCUCCGCCACCCCCCAUCGCUUGGGCGCCACUCCCAAAGGCGUCAAUGAUGGCGAGCCCAAGCGCAACUUGCGCUUCUCCCCGAAUAGGGACAGUGGUCUACCUCGGAAAUCAUAUGAGCCGCCGGUGGCAGGGGGUGGGUAUACGGAUGAAGAGCUCAGCAAGCCGCCUGUGCCGCCCAAGAAGGGUGACCGUAAGGAGAGCCCCAAAGGUCUACAGAGCCCCAGGUCGCCUCAGUCGUCCAAGCCGCCGACGCCACCUGCCAAGGAGCCUCCUCAAUCCAAGGAGCUCAAGAAGCGAAAGGUCGACAAGCGCGAAAUUGGGUACCCUACCGACUUUAGGCAUAUCUUCCACUCGUCGACGUAUGAAGAAGCUACCGAGCUGCUCUUGCGGUGGUCAGCUGAAGGGCUCAGCGACAAGAUCGGCGACCCAGCAUGGGCAAACCCGAUCAAAGAAGUCGUCAAGACUCGUGCUCUGGAGCAACAAGCUCGAGCGGUAGCAGCCGUCGUAGAAGCCACAGCCCGUACCCGCGAACUCGGCAGUGCCGCACACGACCUCGCGCCGCCUGGGACAUUACGAGUCAUCAACGGUCUUCCCUCCUCCAUCUACUCUUCCCUCAACUCCAACCCUCUGCUGAACAAUCCUACACCUUCCUCACUCGACACUGCUCACGUCAAGCCGGAACCGACGACAACGACUAUCUCGCCUUCGCUGGCAAGAGCGUCGACACCUCGGAUGAUUGCAAACAUGGCUGGGUAUUUCGAAUACGAAUCUAGUCGGAGUAGUCCUGGGUCCGCUCUAGGCCAGCCGGGGACAUCGCCUGAGAGCCCGAUGAAGUUUACGAACAAAAAGUCUUUACCUCUCAAUAUGGCGCCUACGCUGGAACCCAUGGUCGAGCAUCCUGAUGCCUCCGACCUCCCUCCUGGGCUUCUGCUCCCACCUUCAAGCUCCAAGAAACGAGACCAGCGCCCCUCUGCUCAAGAUCUCUUCACUCCUCUACCUUUUAGGGUCAUCAAACCCACCCUCCCUACUCUGGAGAAAGCCAUGAGCGUAGCCCUCUUCUUCGAAGGCUACUACCACCCCUUCCUCUCCUCAGAGGACAGCCUCAACCCAUACGACCUCUCCUCCCCCGGCUGCCACGACAAACUCCUCUCCUCCCCCAUCCACCCCUCCAACUACCCCCUCCUCCGUGCCCGGCGUCAAGCCGCCCUCGAAAACACCCUCCUCUCCCCCGCCAACCGCUUCAUGUCGCCCGCCCAACAAGACCUCGUGCGUGCAGAGCUGCAAGCGGAGGAAAGACGAUGGUUGAGGGAGAGGAGGAGGAAGGUGGAUGUUAGGGCGUUUGAGAUGGGAAGGGUGAUAGGGCAUGGGGCGUUUGGGGUUGUGAGGAUUGCGAGGGAGAGGGAGGGGGGGAGGUUGGUGGCUAUGAAGCAGCUUAGGAAGGCCGAUAUGUUGCAGAAAUCCCAAGAAGGCCACGUAAAAGCCGAAAAAGACCUCCUCGCCUCCGCCUCCUCCUCCAACCCCCCUCCACUCCCCAACCUCCCCGCCUCCUCCGCCCCCGCCCCUUCCCGCAUCGUCCAGCUCUUCUACGCCUUCCAAGAUACAGACCACCUCUAUCUCGUACUCGAAUACAUGGGCGGCGGGGAUUUGCUGAAUCUGUUGGUGGAGAGGGAUACGUUUUCGGAAGAGAUGACGAGGGUGUAUGUGGCGGAGAUGGUGCUUGCGUUGGAGGAGACGCAUGGGUUGGGGUAUGUCCAUCGGGAUAUCAAGCCGGAUAAUUUCUUGUUUGAUAAAGAAGGACAUAUCAAGAUAUCUGAUUUCGGUCUGGCGACGGACCUUCAUUGGGCUCACGAUACGUCGUACUACGAACAACAACGUCUGGCGCUCCUCAAGAAACACGGAGUCGACUUGGAAUAUCCGAGCGUCCACACAAAACGGAUGGAUAGGAAGGACGUCAAGCGGAUUUUGGGCAAGGAGUGGGUGGAGAAGGGGGAAGGGGUGUUGGAGUGGAGAGAGAGGAAUAGGCGCAAAUUGGCGUAUAGCGUUUGCGGGACGAAUUCGUAUAUGGCUCCUGAAGUCAUCCGGGGACAAGGGUACGGAUUCUCUUGCGAUUGGUGGUCUCUCGGUGUUAUCAUGUACGAAUGUCUUCUGAAUUGGCCCCAAACCCUCAAAUUCCCACCCGCCCCAAAAUUCUCUCCCGCCUGCCUAGACCUCAUCACCCAACUCCUCUGCGAGCCCGAAGACCGUCUCGGCUCUUCCUCUUCUUCUUCUUCCCCCAUGCCUCUCUCUGGAGCUUCGUCUCCUCAUUCAGGGGACGGUGCGAGAGCUACAGCGGGGAGGCCGAGGGGCAAAAGAGUACUAAGUGCAGGCAGCGGGCUCGGGCUGAGUAAGGAGGAGAAAGGUGGACUGGGGAAGGAUGGGGUGGAGGAGAUCAAGAGGCAUGCUUGGUUUCGGGGUAUCGAUUGGGAUAAUUUGCAUAGGAAGAAACCACCUUAUUCGCCGGAUCUGUAUACGGAUGAUGAUACGCGUCAUUUUGAUGAUGAUAUCCCUGGCGAGCCUCUCGCCCCGCCGGGUUCGGCACAAGACAGUAAAGACCCGCUCUUACGAAACAAGACCCACGGCGCGCACCUGCUCGAGAUCCGCAAACAACUCGCAUUCAAAGGCUGGACAUUCAAAUCACCCCACCUCGACGCACCUUCCGGUCCCACCAAAGAGACGAGGUAUGGUCAUCUCGAUUGGGUCGCUCGAGGCGGUGGGGGUGGGGUGGAGCACUUGCAGGAUGCGAGUGAUGAGACGGUGAUGGCUAAGGAUCAUGCUUAUGCUUUUGUGGGGGAAGAUGAUGAUGGAGAGUUGAGGGGGACGGUGAAGGCGAGGGCCAUGUCUUACUAA